AUGUUGAUUGGCUAUAUUGAACCUCCUACACUGCAUGAGCCUAUCUACAAUGGCGUCUCUGAAUUUGACUUUUCCCAUGAGCAAAAGGAUUAUUUAUCCUCCAUGGCUGCAGACUUUUCUUUCUCGGUGUAUCAAGAGACCACUAGUAAUGUUGCACCAAUCGAACAUUUACCAUCUAACAUAUCUGCUUCAUUCAGCAAUCUGGAAGCAGUCUAUGUGGUCCAGCCUAAUCAACAGCCCAAUGACCAGACACAAACUACCCAAUUAAAACCUGACUCUUCUUCUCUUGAAGCUGAGCUGCCUGCUAAAAAAGAUACCUGCAUUUACAAGCCUCACUUCUGUAAGGAACAGAUUGUGAACUUAAAAUAUGAGGGGAAAUCUUACAGCACAGAGGUAACAACUCACACCCCUUUUUGCAUUGGUCCGGUACAGAGAGAUGCUGACAUCACAGAGCUCUUUUCAUCAAAGCGAUCAGACUCCUCCUCUUGUGAUCUAGACCACAAUUCACAACUGUAUAAGCUAACCGGGCGAAACAGAGACACACAACUUGAAAAUACAUGUCCUCAAGAAGUGCAUCAAUCUGAUGUGUUUGAGGACCCCAUGAAAUGGUUGCCAUCUAAAGGAGAGAAUGCUAAACCUGAAGAACUUUGUUUAUCUCUAGAGUAUGAUGAGAUCUCCCUGACUGAUGUGUUACUGGGGAACGCUAUAACAAACAGACCUAGGCUGCUACCUGCACGUGUAAAAAUGGAUGCAUCCAUAACUCCCAUUGAGUGCAAUACUCCACCAGUGGGCGAGCUCAACACUUCUGCCAUGUUUAACAGAUCAGUAGACGGUUCUAUCCAGGAUCCACAGACAAAAACUAAAUAUGACUCCUUUAACAAAGACUACUCCAGAGAGACUAACUUGUUGCGAAGUGUUAAAAACAGUAGUCCUAAAAUAUACCGUAAUGUUUAUCUUCAUCCCAAAAAAUAUUUUCUCAAGCAGUAUUUGUUUAGCCAAUCUUUAGACAAGUGUUAA